GCGGGUGCGGCCAGCUGAGGCGGCGCGGAACACGGAGCGUUCGCGGGCGCUGCGGGACGCUGGAAGAAUGAGGUCCUCCCUGACACCUGUGGGCCCCCCUGUGAGCCGGGACCGUGUCAUCACCAGCUUCCCGAAGUGGUAUACGCCCGAUGCCUGCCUGCAACUCAAGGAGCACUUUGACGGGCAGGUCAGCACAGCCUGCCAGCGCCGGGACACGGGGACUGUCGGGCUCCAGCUGUCCAAGGUGGUGGUCGUUGGUGAUCUCUACGUGGGGAAGACCAGCCUCAUCCACAGGUUUUGCAAGAACGUGUUCGACCGGGACUACAAGGCCACCAUCGGGGUGGACUUUGAGAUCGAGCGCUUUGAGGUGGCUGGGGUUCCCUACAGCCUCCAGAUCUGGGACACAGCCGGGCAGGAGAAGUUCAAGUGCAUCGCGUCCGCCUACUAUCGUGGUGCCCAGGUGAUCGUCUCGGCCUUUGACCUCACCGACAUACAAACCCUGGAACAUACCAGGCAAUGGCUGAAGGAUGCAUUGAGGGAGAACGAGGCUGGCUCCUGCCUCAUCUUCCUCGUGGGAACCAAGAAGGAUCUUCUGUCAGGGGCGGCGUGUGAGCAGGCAGAAGCCGAGGCCGUGCAGCUGGCCAGUGAGAUGCAGGCCGAGUACUGGUCGGUGUCAGCCAAGACAGGGGAGAACGUGAAGGCGUUCUUCAGCCGUGUCGCUGCCCUGGCGUUCGAGCGGUCAGUGCUGCAGGACCUGGACAGGAGGAACGGCGCCCGGCUCCAGGUCGGCGACGGAGACCUCAUCCGGAUGGAGGGAAGCCCACCCGAGUCCCAAGAGACCCAGCAGUCCUCCAGCCUGGGCUGCUGUUAGCAGGAGCCUGCGUCACAGGCCCCCACCGGCCCCCUGCACGCGUGUGGGCAGCGGCUUCUGUGACUGGGGAGAGCUGAUGUGGAGCCCCAAGCUCCACAGCACAUCUGCCUCCUCUCGGGCAGGCCAGGAGCCAGCAAGAAGGUCGCCACUGGCCUCCCAGGGGCCCCACACUGCCCCCUACCGGCCAGGUAGGGUCACUGUAGGAACCUCCAGAAAGUCCUCCCUGCAGGUCACCCGAUGGUCACCCUAGACCUUGAGCAGCCUCAGGUCCAGACCGCAAACUCAGGACAGCCACAUCCCUCAUCUGUGGCCUCAUCAGCGGGUUCCUCCUUCCCAGCCACCCUGGACGUGGCCUCAGAAUCCUCACCACAGCGUUCCAGGCAAGCAGGACUUGUCUGAGUCGGCACCUCCUGGCCCGUAUGGGAGUCCCCAGGGUCCUGGCCUCCAGUCUGUGGGCGGGGAGGGGCAGCCCAAGCCACUGGCCCAUAGGGAUGACGGAUCCACCCAGCUGUGCUGUGGGAAAAAGAUACACGGCCCCCUCGGAUCACUCGCUCCUGAAUCCGUGAGUGCUGUGCCAUCGCCCAGGCCAGCCCGGUACCCAACUGUUGCCUCCCCAUCCCUCUCGCCCACCAGUCCUGCCUGUCUCUUGGGGUCUUUUGUAGUGGUACCUGCACAUCUUGGAAGUACUCUGGAAUCCCUCUGAGUCUGACAUGUCUCUGUCUCCACUGCUUCCCCUUGCACACCCACAGCACACAUGACCCUGCCCCCAGGCCCCCUAGCCCUCUGCCCUCCAUGCCCAUCAACACUGCCUCUCUGCAGCUCACCGCCCUCCACCUGCCCUGCAUGCCCGCAGCCCAGGGGCUGUGCCCACUCACCUCGCCGACCUGGUGCUGUGGGCAGCCAGAUAAGUCUGUUGGGGAGCAUUUUGUGGUUGGUGCCUGGUACACUACAGAUACUCAUCAAAGAAGCUCAUAGCUGUUGCCAAAAACCAAGGGGAAGCCUGGGCAUCACUUUCUGUUCAUUACUGCAUAGUUUUGUAAUAGCCAUAUUUUUAGUUUUUUUUUUUUUUAAAGAAUGCUCUUUUAAAAAACUAUUUUAUUUAUUUGAAAGAUGAGGGAGGGAGGGAGGAGCAGUGCCAUUGCCCGCCCUCUCUUUUUGUGUGUACGGGAAGGUACUUCACAGAGUUUGUGCAAAUGGCACUACAAGCCAAGUGUAGGGGUAGGCAUUGCAACGCAGCGGAUUAAGCCUCUGCUGGAGACACCAACAUCCCGUAUCAGAAUGUCGGUCCAAGUCCCAGCUAGUCCACGUCCAGUCCAGCUCCCUGCGAACGUGCCCAGGAGGCUGCAGGUGACGGCUCAAGUCCUUAAGUCCUUGCCACUCCUGUGGGAGGCCCGGAUGGAGUUGCUGGCUCUUGGCUUUGACUCGGCCCACCCCCAGCUGUAUGGGGGAGGGAAUUAGCACAGGUGGGAGAUCAUUCUGUCACUCUGUCUUUGAAAGGCAGAGUGACACAGAGAGAGAGGUCUUCCAUCUGCUGGUUCACUCCCUAGAUGGCUGCAACAGCCAGAGCUGUGCUGAUUAGGAGCCAGAAGCUUCUGAGUCUUCCAAGUGGGUGCAGGUACCCAAGGACUUGGGCCAUCUUCUACUGUUUCCCCAGGCCAUACCAAGGAGCUGGAUCAGAAGUGGAGCAGCCGGGACUCGAACCGGUGCCUGUGUGGGAUGCCGGCAUUGCAGGUGGAGGCUUUUACCAGCUAUGCCACAGCACCGGCCCCAAUAAAUUUUUUUUUUGAAAGUUUAUUUUGGUGCAAAAAAAUUUAAAUCGAUGUGUAGUUUAUUCAGAAUAUUGAUGUCCAUGAGAUUUUUGAUAACUCACGCAUGAAUUUCUCCGUUUUUUGCACCCUGAUAAACUUCUUUAAGAAAUGCCCUUGUGGGACACACUUCUUUAUAUAAGUCACUUUCAAAGGUUUUAAAGUGGGUUGCAUUGCCCACUGCUGAGCUGGUGUCGCGGGCAGCUGGCAGCAUCCCCUGUGUCUCCCGUGUGCACGGCCCCCUCUUUGCCAGCUUGUGUGCAGCGUCGCCAGGGUAGCCCCACGCUGUCCACACUGCCUGGCAGCCUGCCUUUCUGACGAACUGCCGCCCAGGGUCCUCUACCAGCUGCCCCAGGGCUGCCAGUGGCCAUCCCUGUAGUUGCAUGAGGGUCUUUGCUAUGUUCCACGAGCUCCUGGAAGCCCCCUUGUAGCAAGGAGCAUGGAGGGGCCGGGCUCACAUAACCGCAGCACCCCUGCAGGAUGGGGAGACAGACAUGGAGAGCUGAAAAGAGGGGACACGUUCUGCCUGAGCACCAUGUCCUCUUCCUCACUCCUGGUCCCGCUCUGCCUCUGCCCCACCCCUGUGGGAACUCCACUCUGGGUGGCCUUGCCCUUGGGGCUGCCCCAUAUCUCUUAGAUGUGCCCUCCAUCUGGGUGGUGCCAGUCCCUGUCACCCAGGGUUGUGACCCAGCCAUGGCCAACUCUCUGCAGGCUCCCCCAGCCCAGCUGUCCCACUCCCUGUCAUAGCCUCCAUGGUCUUUCUUAGUCCAUCCCCACUCCUGCGGCCAUGGUGACAUAUGGACAUGGAGACUCACCCCAGCUCCCAGCUCAUUCAGUCUUGUGUCCCGGGUGUCUGCCUACCUCACCUUCCUCCCAGCCCUCCUGGGGCCUUCCACAGCGAAGGAGCAGCCACCAAGGUGGCAGCAGCUUGGGGGAUGGGGUGGGAUGUAGACCUUUAGCCAAUGAACCUUGCUCCCCCUCAGAACCAAAGGGGUCUUUUUUUUUUUUUUUUUUUUGACAGGCAGAGUGGACAGUGAGAGACAGAGAGAAAGGUCUUCCUUUGCCAUUGGUUCACUCUCCAGUGGCCUCCGUGGCUGGUGCACUGUGGCCGGCGCACUGCGCUGAUCCGAAGCCAGGAGCCAGGUGCUUCUCCUGGUCUCCCAUGGGGUGCAGGGCCCAAGCACUUGGGCCAUCCUCCACUGCAGUCCCUGGCCACAGCAGAGGGCUGGCCUGGAAGAGGGGCAACUGGGACAGAAUCCGGCACCCUGCCUGGGACUAGAACCCGGUGUGCCGGCGCCGCAAGGCAGAGGAUUAGCCUAGUGAGCCACAGUGCCGGCCCAAAGGGAUCUAUAAGCCAGGAGAGCUAAGCUCACCUAAGAUCUAAGUGCUGGCUCUGGUUUGAACGUGAUCUGGCCCCUGGGCUCAGGCAGACCUUCAAACCCCCAAGUCGCACAUCAAUGGUACUAAGAGAACAGAAGCAACCCAGUGAACGGUGUGUAGGAAGUGAGACUUGGAGGAGGGGCUCAGUUUUCACUGGGGGCGUGUCCCCGGAAAGCAGGUCUCAGGAGCAGUUGCAUACAGAAGCCUGAUUUGAGCUGCAGCUUCUCUCUGGCUCGCCACACGAGCCUGGCUCUGCAGUCAUCAGCCACCUUCAUCGGAGGUCAGGCUAACAGGGCUGCCAGUCUUGGACUUGAACUCCCAGAAACAUAAGCAAAAUAAAGCUCUUCUUGUC